UACCAGGGGAAUGUUUUUCGUAGAGCUAAAAAAAAUCAAGAAUUUAUUCAUUUAAACUUAAAGAUCACUUGAAUAAAUGUAUUCUGAAAGGGGUCCUUCUGAAAGGUGGUCAAUUUAACAUCGUAGGGAGAUUUUAUUUUGAAUACACUAUUCAUGUAUUGAUAUAUAUAUUAUACUUAUUUUCAGGAAGGUUAGACCAUUUUACCCCUUCAAUGAAUAUGAAAGUAUGAAACUACCACACAUGUCACCUACCAAGAAAGAUGUAGAUAAGUUUAUGGACUCAGUGAGAAACUUUAAUUCUCGUGAAACAGAUGUCAUAAUCUGUUCGGCAAUGAAAUCAGGUACACACUGGGUGCAUGAAAUUGUAUCCAUGCUGCUACAUCAGACCACGGAAUAUAACAGCCAUGGUGAACUGAAUGAUUGCAACUUUGAAUGUCAAACUGAUUGGGACCGAUUGGAGCAAUGGAACAGUCCAAGACUCUUCCAAACACAUUUACCCUUAAAGUAUCUGCCAAGAAAGCACGUGGAAAACGAAUACAAGAUUAUAUAUCUGAACAGAAACCCAAAAGAUAGAGCUGUGUCAAACUUUUACUUCAUGCAAAAAAAAGGAGUACCUGUGGGGUCCUGGAAAGAGUUUUUUGACAAUUUCGUUCUCAUUGAUUCUUUAUACGGUGGAUGGUUUAGUUUUACCAAAGAGUUUGAGAAAGCAGCAUCUCAAAAAAGAGACAAUAUAUUACCUGUCACUUUCGAAAAACUAACAACUGUAAGUCAAAGUAAUGAAAAGACUCAUUUCAUUUUAGGAAUAAUUGGAGACUGGAAAAACUUGUUUACAGUGGCACAGAAUGAAAAAUUUGACCAAAUUUAUGAGCAGGAAAUGAAGGGAUGCGAUGUCAAAUUCACAUAUAAUUCUUAAUCUCGUUUUUUAUAUAGAUUAGAUUUUCGAUUGUGAGAUGUAAAAUUUUCCACAACCGAUUUAGAUCAACGAAGUAAUAAGUAAAAAGGCACCUUGCCUAGAAUUUGUUUAAUUUCUCGAUUAAUUGUCCACAUUGUACGGAAAGAAAGGUACGGAAUGAAAGAUAUUAACACGGAGAUUGCAAGACUUGUCACUUUAAGCACAUCAAUAUUUAUAUUAAUGUGCAUGAAACGAAAGAAAUGGGUCAUGCCAAAAUUGAAGGACCCGGUUUUGUCAAUGUGAACGACCCGGUUUCGUCCUAUAAUUUCACAAAGCAAGACCCGCUUUUGUCAUAGAAAAUUAUUGCAUAAUCGUAUAAAAUAAAUUAAAAUCCGUCGUUCAACAAGAGUUUGAUUGCCGGUUGGAAAACAGUUUCUUUCAGAGGACAACUUAUUAUUUAUUUGAAUCCGUAAACACUUUAAUUCCUGCUUUAUUGGAACAAAAAAAGUUUUAAUUUUGCUUUGUAUAAAAACGAAUAUUUUUACGGUGAAAUACAAAGAAAUGAGGGUUGUUUCGCAAAUUGAAGUUUAAGCUCUCUAUACGUUUUUUAAUAUGAAUUACGUAAAUUUAAGUGUUCAAACUUAGAUAGUGUAUAUUUGUAUGGCCUUGAAAAUUGAAGGACGAACAUUUGAUAUGUGAUAUUCUUGGACACAGAAUGGUUAUUUUAAUAAAUAUUCCACUCUAUCUAGGAGGUGUAAUCUUUCUACGAUCGUCUGGAAAAAAAAUUCUAAACACAAAUGUUCAUUAUAAAGCAAGAGAAUAAGACAAAUGUGUAUUCAUGAAUUUUCAUGCGGCGCAAAGGAUCUAAAUAAUCUUGCGAUAAAAAUCUGUUUACCCCUCCUUGUAACUAUUAUACUAUAUAUAUGUCUUAAUAAGUAAAUGUCUCAGGCCAUCCAUAAAAUGCAAUAACGAUUAUUUUAUCAAUGAUUUUAUAAAUAAACGGGUUUUUUUUAUCUCUCCAUUGUGAAAUGAUUAUCGUACAUUGACAGUUAUUUUACAUUUUAGUGACGUUGGUCAAGUUUAUGAUUGUCAAUAUGCAAGGGCAGUCCAGGAGCCAAGCGUAUCGAUGGAAAAAAAAUUGGACGAUUUUAUGCUAAAGAAAUCAUUUAUAAAUCGUGAAAAACAUGACAUAAUAAUCUAUUUUGGCCAAAAAGGGGGCGUCCGCCACUGAUAUAAUAUAACUAUAUUGUAGGGAUGGCAACGAGUACUCGAGUACUCGAGUAUAAUUUUAGUACUCGGAUAGUCGUUUGUCUUCUAUAAAUCUUACCAUUUCCCAUCACUUUAGUUCGCUUUGAAAUAUCCUUCGUAAUACUAAUAAUAAACCUUACGCAAACGAUUAUAGACAUUUGUAACGGUGUUUGUACACGGAUUAACACUUUCAUGAAUUAAUAACUCACAAGCCGUAUACUUACUUGUGUUUGUUAAUCUAAACAUAUUUGUAAACGUGAUUGGUAUGAGAUCUACAUUUAAUGUAAAAAAAUGUUUAUUUAAAACUU